UGGCUGGCUGUAAUACGAACGACGCCACUGGAGGCGGGCCGAAGACCGGCGCAGGCGCAGAGCGCUGCGAGUCUCGGGACCCCAGUGGGAGGAGAGACUAUGGCGCUCAACAAGAAUCACUCGGAGGGUGGCGGAGUGAUCGUCAACAACACUGAGAGCAUCCUAAUGUCCUAUGAUCAUGUGGAACUUACCUUCAAUGACAUGAAGAAUGUGCCAGAGGCUUUCAAAGGGACCAAGAAAGGCACUGUCUACCUUACCCCAUACCGUGUCAUCUUUCUGUCUAAGGGGAAGGACGCCAUGCAGUCGUUCAUGAUGCCGUUCUAUCUCAUGAAGGACUGUGAGAUCAAGCAGCCAGUGUUUGGUGCCAAUUUCAUUAAGGGAACAGUCAAGGCUGAAGCAGGAGGUGGCUGGGAAGGCGCCGCUUCCUACAAGUUGACCUUCACAGCAGGGGGCGCCAUUGAGUUUGGGCAGCGGAUGCUCCAGGUGGCAUCACAAGCCUCCAGAGGUGAAGCCCCUAAUGGAGCCUAUGGGUACCCUUACAUGCCCAGUGGGGCCUAUGUCUUUCCCCCGCCAGUCGCCAAUGGAAUGUACCCCUGCCCUCCUGGCUACCCCUAUCCACCGCCCCCACCUGAGUUCUAUCCAGGACCUCCCAUGAUGGAUGGCGCCAUGGGAUAUGUACAGCCCCCACCACCACCCUAUCCUGGGCCUAUGGAGCCUCCAGUCAGUGGCCCCAGUGCCCCCUCCACUCCUGCAGCUGAGGCCAAGGCCGCAGAAGCAGCUGCCAGCGCCUAUUACAACCCCGGCAACCCACACAAUGUCUACAUGCCCACGAGCCAGCCUCCGCCGCCACCCUACUACCCCCCAGAAGACAAGAAGACCCAGUAGACCUUGCCCACCUCCCUGCCUCUCACUGGACGACCCCUCCCUUCCUGGGCCUCCCACGGAGCUGCAUCUGAGAUUCUGGGAGGCCAGGGAGGGCCUGUUCUUCCCCAGGCCUGAUUAUAAACAGUUACCAGGAACUAGCCCUGAUGGAAGGGCGGGGCUCCUGGCCUCUGAGAGGCGCCUCCCAGCUUCCCACACUAGCUCAACCCAUGGCACUGCUCUGUCUAGCUUCCCUCUCACCAUCUCUGGGGCUAUUGGGAGCUUGGGAUUGCCCCUUGUUCCUCACUGUAGUAGCUCCUGCCCACAGAGGGACUCUCUGGCCACUCCUCCACCACAGUCCAGCCCCUCAGCCUGAUGACCAUCCUACGCCAUCUUCUGGGCUCAUCAGACCCGCCUUGUGUCUCUCCUACAGGCCCUGCCAGGUCCUGCUCACAUUCCUUCCUCCUGGGGUGUGCCUGACCCCGGAAAGCCACUGUCCCCACAGAUGGUCAGUCCACAUUCCCUUCAGUCAGGCCCUGGCCUCAGUCACACUCCACACUUGUCCUUGUUCCCUCAUUGCCUCUGGCUUUGGGAAUUUUACCCUGAACUUCCAGUGGUUGGUGGCAUCAGAAGCAAAGCCUCUGUAGCUGGGAGAAGCCCCUCUGGUAGUGUCCCCUCCUCUUCCCCUUUACACAAGGGGCUUUUCUGCAGGAGCAGUAGAGAGUGCAUGUCUGUCCAAUCAUGACUUAGGUCUGGGAACGAGCACCUCCAACCAUGUGACCUGAAACUUGCCAUCUGCCCCUGUGUGAGCUUCACGCCCGCCCCCUGGAUGCACUAAGAUUUGCUCUUGUUUGGUCCUGGUCUGGACGCAAAACAAGGAGAUGGUUAUUUAAAGAGAAAUCCCUAUUUAUUUGACACACAAAAAAUCCAGUUAAUAUAUUAAUGUGAAAUAAACCCAGUUUGCACCUUGA